CGUGGUCACCACUACAAUCGUGUUAACAACAAUAAUAAGGAUAAUGUUGUUUCUUAGAUAUUUUUGCGCAACUUCUAGAGCAUUCCUUUCCUAAUUAACCGACUUUAACUCCCAAUAAAUACCAUCCAUCAUAAAUAAUUUCCACAUACUCCCUUGUUCUUUAAUUUGUGUCUGUCAAUUAUUAUCAAUACAUUACAUGUGUCAUUGAUCUAAAUACGAACACCAAAAACAUUACUUUGUCUCAUUUUGCAUGAUAUUUUCCUCAAUUCCUUUUUAGUUGUUGAGUUUGGUUCAUUUUUUUUUUUUUACUUCUAGUGCAUGGUUUAAACGAGCUAGUGACAAUGGAUGAUUAUAGAGAAGGCUCAUUAUCAUCAUCUUACUACAGCAUUCUCGGUGUUAGCUCAGAUUCUUCUAUAGAUGAAAUAAGGCGUGCUUAUAGGAAGCUUGCUAUGCAAUGGCAUCCAGAUAGGUGGACAAGAACACCUUCUUUACUUAGCGAAGCCAAGUGUAAAUUUCAGAACAUUCAAGAAGCUUAUUCAGCAGUGCUAUCUGAUCCCAAGAAAAGAAGUAUGUACGAUGCUGGCUUGUAUGAUCCUCAAGAGGAAGAAGUUGAGGAUUUUUCUGAUUUUGUGGACGAAAUGGUGUCCCUUAUGGCUGAAGUUAGGCGAGAGGAGAAGGUUUAUGGUUUGGAGGAGUUGCAGGACAUGUUCAUGGAAAUGGCUGAAGGAUUCCAGAGUCCUUCAGUGUAUUGUGGGACACCAUCGGUGGUUGAUGAAUCCUUUGCUAACAGAGGAAGUGUUUUGACACGAUAAUUGAUAAUAUAAGCCGGGCCAUAUUUUUUUCGUAUCCGGUUUUAACUUCAUGACACAACAAAGGGUUACUGUAAUAAAUGGAUGCAUUGUGCUGUUUUCAUUCUAUCAUGUUAUUAUCUGAAUAAUUGGAAAGAGUGUUUAAUUUGUGAGUUAUGUAUGUCACUCAAGCGGGGAAGCAUAGGAUUUGUAUCCUCUCCUACCAUUUCUUUUA